AUGGUCGAUUUAAUGGUGGAUUCUGCUGUUCCAAUGCUGAAAACAUGGGAGAGAAGAAUAGAGAAUGGAGGAGGGAGAACAGAGAUAAAGAUUGACGAGGAUCUCAAGAACUAUUCAGCUGAUGUGAUCUCAAGAGCAAGUUUUGGGAGUAGUUUCUUCAAAGGAAAGCAAAUUUUCAUGAAGCUCUAUGAGUUGAAGAAAGCUGUUUCUAAACCAAAUCUCCUUGUUGAAAUCACUGGAAUAUUCAGACACAUUCCUACAAGAAGCAACAGAGAGGUGUGGAGGCUGAACAGAGAGAUCAGAUCGCUCAUACUUCAAGCGGCGAAAGACAGGGAUUUCGACGAUGGGCAAUCCUCGCGGGAGAAUAAUUUCCUUCAAACGAUUCUCCACAGUGCGAGCGUCGCCGGAAAUGGCUACUGCAGCGGCAGCGGCCGCAAUGCUGAGGACUUCGUGGUCGAUAAUUGCAAGACGAUAUAUUUUGCAGGGCACGAGACCACCGCCGUCUCCGCAACAUGGUGCCUCCUGCUGCUUGCCACACAUCAAGAGUGGCAGCACCGCGCUCGUGCCGAGGCUGCGGAGCUCUGCUCCGGCAAGCCGCCGGAUGCACAAUCCCUCCUCAAGAUGAAAACGCUAGCCAUGGUGAUCCAAGAAGCUCUCCGUCUAUAUCCCCCCGGAGCCGUGGUGGCAAGAGAGGCUCUCGAAGACCUCAAAUUGGGAACCCUAAACCUACCAAAAGGCAUCAAUAUAUUCAUCCCCGUCCCCACAAUGCAUCUCGAUCCCAACAUUUGGGGUUCCGAUGCUGCCGAAUUCCGCCCCGAGAGAUUCGAACACGGCGUCCUCAACGCCUGCCGUCUCCCCCAAAUGUACAUGCCCUUCGGUGUCGGCCCUCGCACGUGUCUCGGCCAGAAUUUCGCCAUUAUCGAGCUCAAGAUUGUCCUCGCCCUAAUCCUUCAGAGGUUUUGCUUCCACUUGUCGACCAAUUAUCGGCACUCGCCCACUCUUCGGUUGAUUGUCGAGCCUGAGUUUGGGGUGGACUUGAUCAUGAGCAAGGUUGGACUUAAUUAAUGUUGCUCCUGAUUGUGGUUUGUAAUUACAUAUU